CUGAAUGUCUCGACUUCCUUUUCCGUCUCUGGUUGAACUCGAUACUUAUUUGUGAUCAAAUCUCAACACAGGCUUGCAAAAGAUUAUGUAAUUAUGCCACUUUAACUUCGGGACAUCUCAUUGAUUUGUAUUCUAUUAUUUAGUUGUUAUGAACAGUGCUAACAGCAAGCUAUUACAAAAACAUCUCCCCACCACAGUUACAUUUCGGUCUUUGCUGUGUGCUCUGCACUCUCUGAACCGUUUUGGAAUGGGAUCGCAUUCGCCGACCGACAGUCCGAACAGAAUAAUAAUUCAAUAGAAAAAAUCCAGAUCUUACCUUAAAUUGAGGCAGCAAUGUACGUGUUUGAAAACCAUAGUUGACUACCAGGUGUGUGUAGUGUUUUUAUCCUAAUACUCAUCAGGACCAUAACCCCAGCCCUAUAUCCCCUAAACCCAUCCCCUCUAAAACCAUUUCCGGAGUCCUUAGACCUAUGUCAGUCUUUGGCCUGACUAGCACCAACUUCACACACGCUUAGGCCCAAUACAACUACCUUCCCUCAAACCAGCCUCACCUUACCUGCCCACCCCCCAGCACCCACCCUCUACCCCAACCCUCUCUCCUGUCCCACCACCACCACCCAUCUCCAGCCCCACGUCCAGCCCCAGUACCAUGCUCGGGAGGAACAUGUCCCAGAAGCUGAGCGUGCUGCUGAUCAUCUUCGGGCUGGCGUGGGGGCUCAUGUUGCUGCGCUACACCGUCCAGCAGCCGCGCCACCAGGGCAGCGCCGAGCUGCGCCAACAGAUUCUGGAACUGAGUCGACGCUAUGUCAAGGCGCUCACUGAGGAGAAUCAGAAUGUACCAGGAGGACCACAGGGCACUUCAAUUGCCGGUUACGCUGAUCUUAAAAGGACCAUAGCAGUGUUGCUGGACGACAUCCUGACACGCCUAGUCAAGCUGGAGGGGAAGCUAGAGCUGGUGGCCAACACGUCAGCCAUUAACUCUUCCCAUUCUGCGGGAGGGGCCCUUGCCUCUGCCACGGGGGCCUUGAACAAAGCCACUAAGAAGGACACGCCAGGAAACCGCCGCCUGGAAACCCUUGGCCUCCCUCCACACACACCCAAUAGACCUCGCCAUGGUGUGUAGUAGUGUGGCUGGUGAUUUAGGCCUUGUGUACAUUGCGUGUCUAUGUUAGAAGAGUAUUCUUUUUUUUUUUGCCUAAGGGUAGUCACUGAUCUAAUAAGGUGCUUGGUAAUGUGAAAACCAUAGAGAUGGAGAACUUUAAUCUGUGUGUCUGUGCUUUAUGGCCAGCAUGGACAAUGCCGUUGAGGCUAUAUCCAUUUUUCAAGUAGUACAUUUCCUUUUUCAUGAUUGGCUAAUCCAUGACAUGACACCAACUGGAUCAUCACAAAGUAUCAGUCGAAGUUCCCGUCCCGUACUGUUCACUGCAUUAAAAUGGAAAAAUAAAUCAAUGGCAAUGUCCUUGCAAGAUAGAAUUUCCCCAGAUAUUCUUUAUUUCCAUCUCUAUGGUAAUUUUCAGUGAGGGAGUUCUAUUACUGACCAGGGUUACCCAGGCUGAAGGAAGUUAGUGUUGGCUACUUGAUAUUUAAGAUGGCCAUGGUACAUGGUUUCCAGAUGACCGUGUAAUAAAGCAUGUGUUGUAAUGAGUAGGAUUGAAAAGAGAUGAUGCACCAUGCUGCCUGGUUGACAACAUGACCACUUCGCACGGAUUACUGUUCAGUUAGAUAAGUUAUGACUUAAUGGGCCAUGGCUGUUUUAUCCAGGCUUUGAUUCAUAGAACUCCCUCAUAUAUCCUCACAUUUACAGAUCAGUAAUUUUCUCAAAGGAAGUAAGGGAGGGAAAAUGUAAAAAAAAUAAUUAACUAGGUCAUUGAACUUAACUGAACCCUGUGAAAUGACUGGCUACCGGUUCGUUUCCAAUAUACUUAAUGGUAGAAUUCUAUUUUUUUACAAAGACAUUUUGAGCACCUUUUUUAAUACUUUCAGUCAUGUACUCUCUUAUGCUUGAAUUUUAGCUUCCCUUGUUAAGGGUUUCCUCAUGGUCGGUUCUACAAACAACGGAUGUCUCUCAGGAUGUCUUUGUGCUCAACAUCAACAUUGUAGGAAAUGGACUGUCUCUGUAGUAUUUUUAAGCAAACUGAUGAUGGCACUCACACCCAGAUAUGAUUUACCUCAGACAUAGACAUACACAUUUGCAAUACUGCUUCUAAUCUCAUCCACAUCAAGAUGCUGAACUAAACAGUGCAGUUGUGGUGGUUUGGAAAUAUAUUUGAAUUUGCUGCAGCAUCUAGGCCCAGUUUUUCCUAAAGUUAGCUUUCUGGAGGUUGUCUGCAUACAAUUAAAAUGGUAGAAUAAAUAGAACAGAGAAAUCAUUGACUUGAAUAGGGACACCGUUCUUUUGAUUUCUAGCAAUGAAUCUUAUCCAAUAGCUGAAAUCCAGAUAAAUACAUUGGGAAAAACUGAGCUCUGGUGCUUAAUAUACAGAUUUGGAGAGUCCCUUUUUGGAUAUAUAUAUAUAUAUAUAUAUAUAUAUAUAUAUAUAUAUAUAUGAGAAAUAAUUUACCUGUUGUACAGCAGACCUUUAAAAGGAUAAAAUGAUAAUCCAAAGAAUGUUAUUUGCACUCUCCUUGAAGGCUUUAGAAAUAAUUUUUUACUUCAACCAGAUUAUUAUUUUAUAGUAUGUCUGUAUAAUUUGAAUCUCAACUAGAUGGUGAUUAUCAAAUAAUUGCUAUUUUUCCAAUUCCUGCUCAGUCUCUAUUCUCUUUUACAACUCCACCCAGACACUUGGUCCAAGUUGGUUCCUCGUUGCAGGGACUCAACAAGGCCUGGAUUGUUUCUUAACCUGACCAAGAAAAACACCUAUUAAUAGGGAUUUACAGACAGUUUUAUGUCUUAAUUUUACCCUCUGAAUAAGUUGAUUGCCAACUGCUUACACUUUGUUAUGUGAUCACUGUGUAAUGUGAUCUUUUGAUAUCACAUUACACAGUGACUGUUAAAUACUAAAAAUGCUAAACCGUGCAUCAACCAAGUGGCACAGAAUACACUUUGAUUUAAAAAUUGUGCUCCUCCCUCACUGUUUUUACCCAUAAAUGUUACCGUAGUCCAGUACGCUGCGGUUCAGCUCACCCUUACACCCUCAGUAUGUGUGCAUAUGUUCGCUUAAGAUAGGUGGAGAAUUUGGGUGCUGUCCAUGCUGUUGGAUCUGUGAUACUAGACAAUCAAUUAAGGGUUAAGGAUUGGUUUGGAAUUUCACCUGUCAGUGGUCCAAAUGUUAUUGAUGUCAGAGUAGAUGUUAUGCUUUUCUUCCUUCCUCUCAAAGAUCUUGAUUUACACCUUGCAUUUGUCCUUGAGGUGAUAACAUGUAACUGACCUACUGAAGAACAACAUCACAUUACACUGUACACUGUAAUACACUGUUGACCAAAGCCAAGACUUACAUGAUAAUAUCUCAAAUUAUAUUUUAAAUUGUAUUUAUUUACAUCAUUUUCUAUCAACUAUUUUCUACCUUAUGCCACCAUUUGAUUAAAUGCCAGUUUUCAAAUAAUUUUAAUUAUGCAUUAGCUGAAAUUGUGGGUGACAUUUUCAAGUUUGAAAAAGUGAAAAAUACAUACAGAUUGGAGCCUGUUCCUGCAGGUAUAGAGCUUUUGCCCCGGGUCCUAAAACAAUGCAGUUGGUUAAAGUAACAAAUUGUCAACUCAAGUACCAACUGAUGGUAAAGGAUAUGGCGACACCUGACUGGGAAUAUGACCCUGAACAGUCCAGCUAGUUGAUCAUCAUCAUGCUCAUCAUCAUGCCAUCUGCUAGAAGUGAUGCUAGUUUCUGCAAUUUUUUUCUGUUAUUUGUCAAAAGUCCCUGCUUCUUUUGUCAGACCCAUUGAGUUUUGAGAAAUUUGUACUUGUAUUGACCUUUUGCCUCAUAGCUUUGUCAAGGUUUUAGCUGGCAUGUUUGAACUCAGCCAUGUCUUCCAUUGCUUUAAUUGUUCGUAGGGAGACCCACAUAAAGUGUAACAUGUCAGCAUUUUGUUCUACAACUGAACCAUAUUGUCCUGCAUUUUAUUAACAACAAAUAAAAACAAAUUUACAAAACA